UAGCAAGUUGCGCAGUUUAUUUUACUAAUGCUAGUGGCUUAUAUUCUGAUGAGCUAUUGAGAAAGCCAUUGGAUUUAAUUUUCUCAAAAGUAACAGUCUGACUUGCAUUACGGGGAUACCAGCCUGUAACGGAAAGAGGCGGGAAAGUGAACUCGCGAGCCGGCAAGUUUGAGAAUUUGAACCGACCGAAUAGCCGGGUCAGAGGAUGGAGGCUCAGGUCGGCCGCGUGCGCUGCUCCUCGAAGCGCGCGGUGUUGGCUGCGCUCGAGCGCGUGGUGGAGCCACUACGGAAACGGCUGAAAACUAUCCCGCAAGAGGCCCAGCAGAUAUUUGAGACUGCUGUUCAGGAGAAUAUCCUUGUCAAUGGGCUGUUAUGGCAAGAAGUCUCAGAGGAAGAUGAGCUCAGACAUGGUAGUGACAUAAGGACUUUAGAUGAUGAUUUGGAUGAAUGCAUUAAAGAGACGGCUUCAAAACGUAAGCAGUUUCCAAGGAAGGUUGUUGGACAUCUUGCUAGGACCAUGAAAGCAGAAAGGGAAUCACUCAAGCUAUAUCAGCCUGUAGUAACGUCUCAGUUGAAAACAGAAGUUGAUUCAGAACAAGUAUCCAAGGAGAAGGAAUUGGUGAGAAUUGCAUCAAAUAUUUCUCGAGAUAUGAGUGACACAAUGAAGCAUUUACCAGCAUUUAUGGAGAAAGCUGAAGGACUUUUGCAAACUCUAACUCUUGUUCCCAUUAUGAAGCAAUCCCAGACAAAUAAGGCAAUAUUCUCCACCCACCCAGAGACAUACUUCCAAAAUAGCAAUGAACAAGCUCUUCUGUUUGAAAAAUCUGAUGUCACUCCCACAGAAACUGAAGAAAAAAAUUUGCUGAAGUGUCGUAAGUCACAGAAAAGAAAAUUAGAUUCUUACAUUAACCGAAAAUAUCCAAAACGAAGAUUGCAUCUUGGUCAGUAAUCCUGUGCAGUAUUCAGUGUCAACAGACAGCUUGUACAUUUUGUAUAGCAUGUUUUUUUUAAAAGUGUUUCUAGUCAGAUCUGGUGGAAAAGUUAGGUCUUUUGCAUCUUUGUACUCUAACCACUUGCAAACUAUCUGCAAAGGUAUUUAUCCCAAGUUGUCUAUUCGUAUAAUUAGAUACUGUGAUAAUGCCCAGCCCUGACGAGAGGUUGUAAAGUGAGAGAAAAUUAAGUAGAUUUAAAAUAUUUUGUUUGAAUAGGUGGAACCUAAAACAGAUUUGCCACCUUAUUUACUUUGAAAGAAAGUUGAUUUUGUUCAGAUUUUUGUAUUUCAGAAGCUGACUCUGUUAUAGAGUUCCAUUCCUGUUUUAGUGCUUAAAAUCUCCAGAAAAGAUUUCUUAAAUUGUAUAUAAAAAGCUUGAUUUUUGUAUUGGUUACUUUUUAAUUUUUUUUUCCUCUGCUUUCUGUUCAUUUACUUCUUAAAUGAACAAGUCUGGUAUUCUGUUACAGAGCAAUAUACAAUUGUGAUUCAGUUACUUCACAUCUAACAAAUGAUGACUCAGUUAAAGUGAACUUGUAUGAAUGUAUUGAAAAUGAAAUGGAAAUGAAAUUUUUAUAAAUGGACAAUGAAAUGUGAAUUGUUUGGCUACUUUUAACUAUCUUCUGUAAGAUAACAUUGAUUUUUAAAAAUGUGGAAUAACAUAUACCUAUUGGUCCUUUGAAUAUUGUAAAGUUCAAGGUUGUAAAUAUUUACUGUCUGUUUUUGCAUGUUUCCU